UUAGUGCCAGUGCGCUGUGUUCAGAGCUCAUUCCUCGUUGUAUUAAAUUCCGCGUGGUUCUAAACUGUUUAUUCUCUGGCACACUUCACUAUCCAAAUGGUUGUCCAAGUUAAAUCGAACUUACCCCACUGCAGUAAAGCAAUGGACGGAAACCAGCAUAAAGUGGAAGCAAACGUCUUACUACUUGGAGCUGAAAAUGUCGGGAAAUCAGCUCUAACUGUGCGGUUUCUUACCAAAAGAUUUAUUGGUGAAUAUGGUAAUAUUGAGUCAAUAUACAGUCACAUUGACAAAAUUGAUGGGCGGGAGAUCUCCUUCAACGUCUGGGACUCCUUGUAUCCACAGAGCUGUGAGAGCUCUGAGUCAGUGAGUGAAGGACAGCUCCGCUGGGCAGAUGGCAUUGUGCUUGUCUACAGCAUCUGUGACCGCACCAGCUUUGAGGUUGUGCAGCAGCAGGUAGCACUUAUCCAGAAGCUGUCCUCUUCCUUAAGCUCUUCAGUGCCCAUGGUGGUGGUGGGCAACAAGAGGGACCUGCAGCAUCGCCGCGUUGUCUCAAGUGAGGAAGGGCGUCUGCUUGCCCUCUCAGCAGACUGUGGCUUCUUUGAGGUCUCUGCAGCUGAGGCAUACCAUGGCGUUCUUCUUGUCUUCCAUGGUCUUCAUGAGCUCAUAAAGGAGGCCAGGGGGGUCAAGAAAGGAGCGGCUGGAAUUAUGGGCAUUGUGAGGACUGUAUCAGCUGUCUUCAGCAAGAAAAGGGAGUAGGGCUUCUUUUUAGUGAAAGUUGAUGUUAUGACCAAUAUGUCAAUUCCCCAUGCAGGAAUAAUGGCCAGAGAGGGCAUGCAUGAUCUGGACAACCAUGGAUCCUAUUAAACAGGAGUAAUUGUUGAAACCAGGUUGUCUUUUUGUAAGUUGAGGCUGAGAUCCUAGAAGGUUUACUGAGAAGGAAAGUUGGUUUCUUCAUGUAUCUAAGCAGCCUCUGUAUAGUGUAAAGCCAGAGACUUUCUGAUCAUGGAGUGAUACAAGCCAAGUAAAGUGGGCUCAGAGCUGUUCUAAGAGUUUCAGAAGAAUAGGAGAUAUGUGCAAAUGCAUUUGAGGGUUAAAUGAAAGUGUGAUGUUAAGAAGACAGUAUUUUCAUACAACCCAUGUACCCUACUGAAGAGCUUUGUAAACAAGCUGAGGUUUCUUAUGUACCAAUUCUGAAGAAACUAUGUGCAUUUGAUUUUACAUGGAAAGUCCAUAUACUACUUUAUAAACAAUUGAAAAUAAAAAUGAUAUAAACAGCAA